AUGGGGUUCAAUCAGGUUAUCACACAGUUUGUGGCGGGUACCAAAUACCUGGUGCACCCACAGGUAUUGGGUAAUAUACUUGAAGAAAUUCAGCUCCAAGGAAUUAGACCUGAUGUUCUUCUCAAGGCAGAGGUGACUCGGGAGUACUCGAGCGCUGAGAGAAUUCGACAACAAUUCAAUAUCUUCCACAAAGUAGAUGAUGUCUACAAUGAGGAGUUCUCUAAGACCAUUGUACUUACUGGCACCUGGGAAAAUCUCAGUCUUGUGAAGUCCUCCCUGGAGUCUCAGAAUUUCACCUCAGUCUAUACAUCUACUGCCGUUGAGCUACCCUCGGGACCUUAUUUUUUGUAUGGAUCAAAUCUUCACCAGGCUUGGCGAUUAUAUCAAGAUUAUCUUGAUGAUUUUAUCUUUGGGGUUGUACCAGAGAACGUUUUCCGGCCUGAAAGGUUCAAUCCAUUGAGCUCCAUGAGUGACGAUGGAAUUUGGAAACAAGUGCCAGUUCCAAGUCGUCUUUACUCACUUCCUACACCAGAGAAGCCUCUCGCUAGUGUUCGAGUGUGUCUGAAGGACACCUUCCAUCUGAAGGGAACAAAGACGACCAUGAUGAGUCGUGCAUAUACAGAAAUGUAUCCUGCCCAAGAAAAAAGUGCUGACUACGCUCAAAAGCUUCUUGCCCAAGGUGCCAUCAUCAUUGGAAAAACAAAGAUGACAAACUUUGCAUCCUCAGAUGAGCCCACCGAUCAGUGGAUUGAUUUUCAUUGUCCAACGAACCCCCGAGGUGAUGAAUAUCAAAGCCCGUCAGGAAGUUCAUCUGGAGCAGCUGCAGCUUUAGCAGGAUAUUCUUGGCUAGAUUCCUCUAUUGGCGUUGAAAAAUCGAAAAUUGAACAAAGACUGAUGUCUAAUGAUGUGAAUAUAGCUGCUGGGAGUAUUCGGGCGCCUGCUACUUGUAAUGGCCUGUUCUCAAUCCGGCCAUCGACGGAAUCCACUUCCAUGGAUGGGAUAGUUGUGAAUUCACCUCAUUUUGACGUUGUUGGACUUUUUGGUCGUAGUUUAACAGAUCUACACCUUUUAGCCUCAAAAACGCUGGACCUCGGCGACAACUCGACGAGCUUUCCCUCAAAAAUUAUAUAUCCUCUCGACUUCUUCCCACACAGCAAUCCUACCCAUCAGGCCAUGGUAGAUGAAUUUGGUGGAGUUCUUGAAACCUUACUAGAUACGAAACGAGUGGAGAUUAGCCUAGCUGAGAGAUGGGAUCAGUGCCCACCCGCGGAGGCGAAUGGAAAGCCGCUCAGGGAAUAUUUAUCUAAGAGCGCAUUCUGGUCCAUGUGCUAUGACUACUAUCACGGAUUCGACGACUUCCGAUCAGAGUAUGAAUCGAAAUAUGGGAAACGCCCAUUUGAAAGGCCAGUAUUGAACUACAGAUGGGGAAUUGGCAAGGAAGUUACUCUAGAGGAGUAUAAUCCCUACCGUGAAGAACUGAAGGUUUUCCAGAAAUGGUUCGAUGACAAUAUCUUCUCAAAAGACCCUGAUACCAUGUCGGAGGCUAUUAUGAUUAUGCCACAUGGGUCUUCUAACCCAAAAUAUCGGAAAGUUGCUAAUGAGUCGGUCUAA